AGAGCCCGAAAAAAAGCGCAAACGCAAAAGCUCUCGUCCAUCCGCGCAAAGCAUCCAGCCUUCGUCGCUUGCAGUCCGGAGUAUCAUCGUCGAAUCCAUCACAAUGGCCGGAGGAAGUCCCUUUGAACCCUACCAAAUCGGUCCUUUCCAGGUCCCCAAGUACAAGCUCUCCCUGUACUUCAUUCUGGGCUACACUGCUCUGGCCACUGGAGUGAUCCUGUACAAGAAGGCUCAGCCCGCCCCCCCUCUCAAGCUGGACAAGGAUGAGGAGAACUACAUUCGCCGCUACAUUCACCACAAGCAGCAGGAGGCCAAGAAGCCUGAGCUGGCCCGUGUCCCCUAUGGCGGACCCGCUGUCCUCUAAGCGAGAUUCUACAGGCCGCUGAACACCGCUUCUGCACUCAUAACCCGCAUCUACAUAAGAGGAACAGAGUCAUUUCCGAAUCGUAUGUUCAACGUGGACAAAUAUACAGCUGUUCGAAACAG